UUGGGCUGUGGUGCGGUUGUAUUUCAUCACGUUUGAUUCGGGUCCGAGUCGCGUGCGAUCUGAAGAUGACUUUCUCAAUCCUUGACAUUACGGACGAGAAAGAUGGUGGCAAGUCCAGGGACAAAAAGUGGCCUUGGUUCGGAGCCCCCAUUUACGCGGCGGCCGCCUUUGCCAUCUUCUACGCCACUGUGCUGCCCAGCUUCCAUAGCUAUCCGAAGAUGCUGUACCAGGUCGAUGAGGCCCAGCAUCCGGAUGAGUUUAUCGGCGAACGGGCGAUGCAGCAUUUGGCCGAGUACUCGGCGAUUGGCAACAAAAUGAGCGGAUCCAUUAACAACGAGGUGCACACGGUUAACUUUCUGUUGCGAGAGAUUCAGAAGAUCAAGGACGAGGCCCGCUUGGAUCUGUACGACAUUGAGGUGGACACGCAGUACUCUUCAGGCGGCUUUUACCUGUGGGGCAUGACCAUUUCCUACAGAAAUCUAUCCAACGUGGUGGUAAAAAUAUCCCAGAAGAGCUCGAACAAUGAGAACUAUUUGCUGCUGAAUUCCCACUACGAUUCGGAGGUGCAAACACCUGCUGCAGGUGAUGAUGGCGUCAUGGUGGUGGUCAUGCUGGAAACCCUGCGCGUAAUCUCGCGUUCCGAAAAACAACUCAUCCAUCCCGUGGUCUUUUUGUUUAACGGCGCCGAGGAGGCUUGCAUGCUCGGGUCCCAUGGAUUUAUCACACAGCACAAGUGGGCCAAGAACUGCAAAGCUUUGGUGAACCUGGAUUCCACUGGCGCCGGUGGACGCGAGGUGCUCUUCCAGACGGGUCCGAACCACCCAUGGCUGGCCAAAUACUACCAGGCGAGUGUGCCACACCCUUAUGCCCAGACCUUGGCCGAGGAGCUGUUCCAGAAUAACUUUAUCCCGUCGGACACCGACUUUCGCAUUUUCCGCGAUUACGGAGGAGUUCCCGGUCUGGACAUGGCCAGCGUGAUGAAUGGCUAUGUGUACCACACUGAGUUCGAUACUUUCCGCAACGUGGAGCGUGGCACUUACCAGUCGACGGGGGAGAACGUACUGCCCCUGGUUUGGGCCCUGGCCAAUGCCCCCGAAUUGGAUGACACCGCUGCCCACGAGAAGGGACACACUGUGUACUACGACUUCUUGGGAUGGUUCAUGAUGACGUACACCGAAUCCGUGAGCGUGGCCAUCAAUGUGGUCGUUUCCGUGGCGGCCUUUGUCUGCAUUGGCACCUCGGUGUACAUCAUGACAUUGGACAAUGGUGCGGAUGCCCCGAAGGCGGUGGUGAUGCGAUUCGGCAUCAUCUUCCUGGUGCAAGCGGGAACUCUAUUGGCGGCCUGUGGCUUGACCCUUCUGGUGGCUGUUUUCAUGCAAGGCGUGGGACUAGCCGAAUCCUGGUACUGCGGAAAAUGGAUGGCAUUUGGCCUGUACUUCUGCACUUUGUUCUUCGUCUUUGGCCUGCUCCCGGCGCUUUAUAUUGGAUUCACGAAGAGAAAAACGAACAUGAAGUUGGAUCAGACGAUCGCCUGCUUCAUGCAUGCCCAGUGCAUCCUGCUGGCAUUGCUUUGCAUCAUCAUGACCAGUAUGGGCAUUCGAUCCAGCUACUUCCCCAUGGUCGGGGUCUUCUUCUACGCGAUUUCCGUCCUCCUGCAAAUCAUCCUUAAGCUUACGCUAAAGAAAACCUACUUUGUGACAGUUCAUCUGCUGUGCCAGAUUCUGCCCUUCUUCUUCUACAACUAUAUCUGCUAUGCAACACUCGUGACUUUUGUGCCCAUGGAGGGUCGCGAUGGUCCUGAGAGCAGUCCCGAUAUCAUGGUCUCUGUCUUCAUCAUUGCGACUGCUAUAAACUACGCUGGUUUUGUGAUCCCCAUCAUGCACAAAUUCCGCAAGCCCAAGAUUAUAUUCUCAUCGUUUGGUGUGAUAACAAUAAUAUUUAUUAUCUUGGCUGCCACAUCCGCCGGAUUUCCAUUUGUAAAGGAAGUGGCUCCGCAGCGUUAUUAUGUGCUGCACACUCAGCGAACCUUCCACAAUCUGGAUGGUAGUACCAAACAGGAUUCUGGCUAUUAUAUUCAGCCUGUGGAUACCCGACUCCAUGAACUGGAUGACUCCACAUUCAAGAAUGCAGAGCCCGAAAGUUGGACGGCAGCCACCUGUGCCGCCGAGCCCUACUGUGGUCUGCCCCUGUACAGUGGUCGCUGGAUAGAUUGGAAAGAGUCAGCUCGUUGGAUCUACAGCACGCCACCGGUCAUCCCACUGAGCAUCAAUCUCACCCAGCUGUCGAAGCAAUCUCUGGGUGGCAACAAGGUGCGCUACGAGUACAACCUGAAGGCCAGCGAUCGCGUAAUGAUGUACAUAGAUCCCCUCGAUCAAGUCCGGGUCACCGACUGGUCCUUCGACAAGACACCGUUGGAGGAGCAGCACACGCCGCCGUAUCUAAUAUAUGCCAUAUACUCUCUCACUGAAGAGCCCCUCAACUUUUGGGUGGAGCUCGAGCACGAGGAGAGCAACACAGAAGGACCCUACCUCAAGCUGGUGGUCAGCGAGCACUUCCAAUACCACCCGGAGCACUAUACCGAGGACUACAAGCAGUUCCUCGCAACAUUCCCCGACUGGACCUACACCACCGACUGGUUCUCCGCGCUCGAGAGCUGGGUCGUCUAGGCAGCGAUGAGAAUAUAGACUCCAAAGUUGGCUUAUCUUAAUAAAUAAUUUAUAGUAUAUUUUAAUAAAAUUACAAAGUAGUAACUA